AGCUAAUCUUAUUAAUACCAGUAAUAUCAACUUCUACGCAAUGAAAUUUUAAACCAAAACUAUCCAUUCUAAUUGAGUAAAUAACCAUCUAUCGAAUAUGAUGAAGAACCUCAGAGCUCAAAUAAAUCUUGCUAGGCUAAAGUAAGCCUUACCUAUUGAACGCAGUGAAAACGUAUUGAACGUACGAACGUAUUGAAAACGAAAGCAGAGAGCACGCCGCACUUUACUAUACUCAUACUCUAAUUGAGUAUGAAAAACUAUCGUCUCAAAAAAUGGAUGCAUUUUAUCACUGCCUAAUAGCAGCUCUUAACGAAUGUCAAAAGACUGGCGUGGCUUUAACAAAAGAUAUAGGCAAAGUGGAUUGCAAUAUCGAUAUGAACUUUGAUCUACCGGUCAAUCGAAUUACUUUUUUGUAUAAGUUCGGUACUUUUAACAUACAUUUUUUCAAAAAGUGUUUUCUAGAUUUUGCAUUAAAUUGCUCAGAAGUUUCAAUAGAUCUUGAGCGAAUUCUUUCAUCUAAAUUAGUUUGUUCUCUGAACAAUGGACCCGGGACUGAUAUCAUUGGUUUACAGUUUGCAUUUAAGGAAAUUGGAAAAACUUUCAGUCCCAAGACCAUCUUUAAAAUUAUUAAUAAAUACGGAGCAUGGAGGAAUACAAUGAAUUCCUUGAUAGAAUCUAAAGGAAAUGUAAUUCCUAUUGUAGGCAAUUUUAAGCUAUUGCAAUGCAACAUUAUUGAGUUUUUGUCUUCAAAAGCAGAAAACUGUUUGAAAUCUGCUGAUGUUGUCCUCAUGGAUCAUGCCUUUUCUUCUCCUAAUGCUCAAAGAGUAAACAUUUUGGAGGUUCUAAAAAUCAUUUUACGAAUUCUUAAACCAGGAGCUUAUGUACUUUUUAUUGACACUAAUAACAAGGUCUUUUAUUUUGAGUUACUUAACUCAUUUGGAACGUACAUUUAUGGACCUAAAUUAGUUCAAGUUGAUGAUUUGCCUUAUAAUGAAAUAAUUGCACAACAGAUUGGGGAAAAGCCCGUGCUUUCUGGUAAAGCUUAUUAUGGAAUUUGGCAAAAGAAUACACCACAGAACAUGAUGGCAGAUGGCGUGUCUGAUUUCGUGAAUGUAAUACAAGCAAUGGGUGAAAAAGAAAAGGGUACAUCAUUAGAGAAUAUGUCUGCUAAAUCUAGUCCCGUAAUAGUACAACCAGAAAAUAAAACAAGUGACCAUCCAUCAUUAGUGAAUGUAAUGCCAGUUGUACGAAAUUUAGGAGAAAGUGUUAGUUUUAAAAGUGCUACUGCAUCACAGCGGGAUACACCACUAGUGAAUUUGAUACCAGCAAUGCAAAACUUGUCUGCAUCAGGCAUAUUGAUGAGACCAGGUUAUGAAUCUGAAAGAAAAAGUGCUAUUUGUAGUUUUGCUUCUGAAACUAACUGUACUGUCAGUCAAUAUGGGGAUAUAAUUACUGAACAGAACAAAGCUGACACCGAAACCGACUGUACUGAAGACUUGAAAACCUUAUUAUUUUCUUUAAAUUGUUUAGUCUCGAAAUUGGAGAAUUUUCUAAGUUCGGAAAUUAAUUCUAAGAAUCCCAAUUCCAUAAAAUGUAGUAUACAUAAGCCUACUUGUAGAUGUUGCAAUCAAUGCUUUAAUUGUUAUCAUUGCUGCAUCAAUAAAAAACCAUGCUUCCAAUGCUGUGGACAUGGUCUCAAUAAAAAUGUUCCCCCAAAUACUAAUCAAAGCUGCAAUUGCCAUGCCUGGUCAGAUGCAUAGGAUAUUUGGGAGGAGGGAAAAAAAACAAGUUAUUUAUAGCUUUUUAAGCAGGGAUGCAAAAAAAAAAAAAAACCAUCUGCUGAGUAAAACCAACACCUCCUAGAAG